AUGAUUCCCCCCCUCCACCUAAUCCCAACCCUCAACCCCGAAUUCUUCGACUUCGGUACUCCUCCCCCCUCUCCACCACCCACCUCUUCCUCCACCUCUACCUCCACCACAUCCUCCAAACCCGACAAAUAUUCCACCCUCAAACCAUGGUACCACACCGUACUCGGAAAACGUCUUGGGCCCGAAGCCCGCGAGUUAUUGGAAAAUUAUAGUCACAUAGCUCCUGGAGAUGUCGAUGCGCAUGUUUAUGCCAUGCGCGAUUUCCUCUGGUACCAAACACCUUACCCCUCCAUCGGCAAUUUUUCCUUCCUAACCCUGCGUCUCCUGACCCACCCACUCUAUCCCCGCAUCGUAAAAACUCUCUCCACACCUUCAACGCCGACUAGUCCACCAGCCCUAUUUCUCGAUCUCGGUUGUUGUGUUGCUCAAGAACUCCGCUCCCUCGCUCACCAUGCCUCUAUUCCCCCCACUCAACUCUACGGCACCGACUACAACGCCUCCUUCCUCAAAUCCUCCUUUAAAAUCUUCCAGGACCAUUCUCACCCCUACACCCUCCUCCCCGCCAACAUACUCGACCCCAAUUUCUUCCUCCUCACCUUCCGCAAACUAAUCCAUAAAUUUGCAAUUAUCCACGCCGCCCUCUUCAUGCACCUCUUCACAUGGGACCAACAACUUCUCGUAUGUGAGAAUGUCGUGCGUUUGAUGAGUAAUCAAGAAGGUUCGUUAUUUGUCGGAUGCAUGGUGGGGAAAGUGGGAGGGGGCCAGGGAGAACAGGGCAGAUGGUUGCAUGAUGAGGAUAGCUGGGUGCGGUUAUGGGGGGAAGUUUGGGAACGCUUGGGUAUGACCGGGGCUUGGAACGUGCAGGGGGAAUUGAGAGAAUUGGGUGAUUUAGCUAAGACAGGGGAAACGUAUUCUGGGGAUGAGGGGAUUGGUCUUUUUGAAUUUUCGGUCGAGAGGACGGGUGAAUCUAGACCGUGUACGUGA